CUGAUUGGGCGCUGGAAGGGGAAUCUUCAGGAAAAAAAACACAAGGCGACGAGAACCAUCAAAACAUAAACAGAAAGUACAGUGGAAAUCGCAACGCUUUCUGCUUUGUGUGGCAUGCGCUUUAAGCACACGACCCUGAUGUCGAGAAAGCUAAGCUGCAGUCCGCCGGUUCGAGGAGCCUGAAAUUCUGUUCGGGAUUAGAAAUUGACACCGACGAUUAGGAUUUAGCUGACAGUCGGCGGGCCUACUUGAGGUGACAGUGUUUACACGUUAGCUUGCUAGCGUACAAAAACUACGGAGGAAAGCGUUUUCUAACCAAGCUAACUCACUGGGAAAUACGACGGCUGCCCUCGCUACUGAGAGACGCACAGGACUAUGGCUGACCGCGAGGGGCAGUCCUCCAUCACACCCGGCCCAGAAGACUCCGAUGCUUUAGGACAGAGAGACCCCCCAACUCCCCCCUCCCCCACUGAUGCCCUCCCACACCCCAGUGCAGAGGCCCCGCCCGCUCUGGGGCUGGGGGCGGGGCUAGAGGAGGACACAGACAGCAUGGACGGCAGCACUCACUUCUCUCUGACGGAGGAGGGCGAGCGGGAGAGUGAGGGAGCGCGGGACGGAGAGAGGGAGAGGGAGAGGGAGAGGGAGGGCAGGAAGAGGCGGAGGGAGCAGGACCGGCCCAGCGGGCCCACACACGGCUCCUCCAGCUCCGAUGAAGACGAGGACCCAGACGAGGAAGAGGAGGAGGAGGAGGAGGAUGAGCAGGCCAUGGAGGCGUGGCUGGGGGCGGAGCUGCAGGCCCUGGGCCGGCCCGCCUGGCGGUCCGUGCCCUCUCUGCGGGCGCGGGAGAUUGGCCGCGGGGUGCAGUUUGUGAAGCGUGUGUGCGGAGCGCGGGGCCUGGUGCAGCGGCUGGAGCUCCAGGCCCGGCUGGAGAGGCACACCGGCUGCGUCAACACCCUGCACUUCAACCCCUCCGGCACCCGCCUGGCCUCCGGCAGCGACGACCUGCGCGUGAUCAUCUGGGACUGGGCCCGCCGCAGGGCCACGCUCGACUUCCACAGCGGCCACAAGAGCAACGUCUUUCAGGCCAAGUUCCUACCCCACAGUGGGGACUCCACCCUGGCCAUGUGCGCCCGAGACGGCCAGAUCAGAGUGGCCGAGCUCUCCGCCACGGAACGCUGCAAGAACACCAAGAGAGUGGCCCAGCACAAGGGCGCCGCCCACAAGCUGGCUCUGGAGCCUGAUUCGCCGUGUUCCUUCCUGUCUGCGGGGGAGGACGCUGUGGUGUUCGGCAUUGAUCUGCGUCUGGACCGGCCCGCCACUAAGCUGGUGGUGGUGAAGGAAGGAGAGCGGAAGGUGGGGCUCUACACCAUCUUUGUGAACCCGGCCAACACUCACCACUUCGCUGUGGGCGGCAGGGACCAGUAUGUCCGGGUGUAUGACCAGCGGAAGAUCAAUGAGAAUGAGAAUAAUGGUGUGCUGAAGAAGUUCUGUCCUUCUCAUCUGCUGUCCAGCGAGAGCAAGACCAACAUCACCUGUCUGGUGUACAGCCAUGAUGGAACAGAGCUGUUGGCCAGUUACAAUGAUGAGGACAUUUACCUGUUUAACUCCCAGCACAGCGAUGGAGCUGACUACUGCAGGAAGUACAAGGGUCACCGUAACAACGCCACAGUGAAGGGGGUGAACUUCUUCGGGCCCUGCAGUGAGUUUGUCGUGAGCGGCAGUGACUGUGGACACAUCUACAUGUGGGACAAGGACUCCGCUCACAUCGUCCAGCACCUGGAGGGAGACAAAGGGGGAGUGGUGAACUGCCUGGAGCCUCACCCCCACCUGCCCGGCCUGGCCACCAGUGGGCUGGACCAUGAUGUCAAACUGUGGGCUCCAACCGGAGAGAGCCCCACUGCACUGAAGGGCCUGAAAGAGGUGAUGAAGAAGAACAAGCGGGAGCGUGAUGAAGACAGCAUGAGACACGGAGAUCAGUACGACACCCAGCUCCUCUGGUUCCUCAUGAGACACAUGAGACAUCGCAGAAUACAGAGGAGCCGGAGGGGUGAGGCUGGGGGAGAGGGAGACACAGAUGAGUCGUGGAGUUCAGCUGACUCUUCUGAUGAAGAAGAUGCUGGAGCUGACCAUGUGCAGUGCAUGUCCUCCUAAACACACACACACACUGAUACACACACACACACACACACACUGAUACACACACUCACUCUCACACACACUGAUAGACACACACACACACACACACACACACACACACUGAUACACACACUCACUCACACACACACACACACAGUUCAGACAGACACAACACACUGUUCACACACACAUACACACACACCCCUGAGGAGGUGACACUGUGUGUGUGUGUGUGUGUGUGUGUGUGUGUGUGUGUGCUCUGGCUUGUGGGGUGGAGGAGGACAAGAUUGUAAACCAGCACCCCCCCCCCCCCCCCUGUGCUGCAUGUCACCUGACCCUGCUUACCCCCGCCCCCAGGCACUGAAAAGAGGACUGCUUCUCUGCCCCAAUCCUCCGUCUGCCCCAGUCCUCCGUCUGCCCCAGUCCUCCGUCUGCCCCAGUCCCAGUACAGCCAGCCAGCGGACCGACUCACGGACGGACGGGCAAUGUCACAGCCUUCUUCUGCUUCUUUUGCCAUCAAAUUCUGUCCCGAAAAUUAUAUUCAGAGCACCUGCGUCACACAAUGACUGUUUAAACCCUGUCCAAUCAAAGCAUCGCACUCGCAACUCCUCCAUCCUGGACUUCCUGCUCAAAUCCUGCAAGCCCCACCCCUCCCUGGAGAUGGCCAGUAAGAUGCGUUUUGGUGGGGUCGUCUGGGAGACCCUUGCGGAUGUGCCCAGCAUGGCAGAGCAGCAGUCUGGUCUGAUGGACAGGGUGGAGCGGCAGGGCGGUCUCUGUGCAGAGAGAGCAGUGGUCUGGAGAUGAGUAGCUAUCAGGUUCACUUUCUCCCUUUUUCUACCGGAAAUAUAGAAAUGAGACGUCUAUAUAUAUAUUUUCUCUACAGCUAUAUAAGUGUAUAGUUGUAUAGAAAAAAUAGCUGUUUGACAAAGUUAGAAAAUAAUUAUUUCAGAUUGAUAUUAAUGUAAAAAAAAAAAGAAAGAAAAAAAAAAAGGUUUAUACUGUAUUUCAUCGAAACAUAUAAGGCGAGAAUAAAAAAAAUCUUUUUGUGCAUUUGCCAUUUUGAUGACAUCCACAGUAUUUAAUCCAUCUGGGAUCUCCUGUUGCCCUCAGCCUCCUUUCUCUCCUUCCUUUUCUCGGGUUUUCCUUGUUUUUGCGGCUGACCGUGUUCUGCUCUUCUGUUCAAACGUGUGAUUGGUGCAGUAAAUGAGAGAUGCUGAAA